AUGUAUCAUGCUCCACCUAUGCAGCCGGUGGCUUCGUCAUCGACAUGGCGUGACCCUGACGUCGUUCGCAUCGUCGCCGACCUGAAGCGACCGCUGGAACUCCACGACAACUACCAGGACGAGGACGACUUCUAUGAAGAGGACCCUUCAGAGGACGGAGAUGAUCGUUUUUUCAACCCAGCGUUGCUCAGCCACAUCGCCGUUCGGCUCCGUGACAAGGUACCAAGAGGUACACAUGUGAAGGGCAACAUUCCAUACCCGCGCGCAUUCACUGGCAAGGACAUCGUCUCAACAAUCCAGUCUCAAAUUCAACGGGAACUACUGGUUACGCACGGCAUCUCGACCAACGACAGACGUGCAGCGUUACAGGUUGCACGGAGCUUGCAAAGCCAGCUGUUCUUCUAUGAGGUCGAGUGGGUCGACCGGCCGCUGCAGGAUGGGGUGGAGGACGUGUACAUGUUUUGGGACGACCAGGAGGGUGCGUCGGAUGCGCGUAUGGAGCGUGAGGAGCUUCCGACGGCAGUCAUUACGCUCCUCACCCGCUGUUACGCGUCGAGCUGCGACGAAGAGAAUCCGUGCUACUCGUACACAUGUCCCCGAAGGGGGGGAGCUCUGCCGCUCAUUGCGCCGCAAGAGAAGGACGAGGAGGAGAGCAAAGACGAGUGGAGGGGAACUGUGCCUCAGGAAAUCCUGGAGUCGCUGCCAGAAAGCGAGAAGAAGCGUCAAAGUAUCAUCCACAAACUUAUUGGCAAGGAGAAGCAGUACAUCCGUGACUUGGACACCAUCGAGAGCCUUUUCAUUCGCCCCCUGCGCAAUGCGAACCCUCCUAUCAUCCGCCCAAGCGAGAUCGACGAGUUCAUCGACGAAGUCUUCGGCAACGUCCUCGAUCUUCGGGAGUGCAACCGCCGCUUGAUUGAGAUGAUCUACGUCCGACAACGCGAACAAGCACCUGUUAUCCAAGGUCUCGGCGACAUCUUCCUCGAUGCCGCGACCGAGUUCCGGCUUGCGUACCCGAUUUACGUUGGACAUUUGCCGGUGGCAGAGAAGCGGAUGAAGGACGAGCUGGAAAAGAACGCGGAGUUCAAGCGCUUCGUCGAGCAGUGCUCUCGCCACGUGGACGCGCACGGGUUCGAGCUCAAACAUUUCCUCAGCCUCCCAUCCGAGCAUCUGCAGAAGUAUCCUGUGCUGCUCGAAGCAGUGUGUACGGCGACGACGGACGGGAACCCGGAUAGCGAAUUUCUGAAGGAGGCAAUCGCAGCAAUCAAGAAGCUACAGACCGUCGCACAACUGUGGACAUGGCAGUCGGCCAUGGGCAAGGGCCCGACGGGCAAGAUGGAGUGGUACAACCUUGUUGCGGAGGACGUGCGUCAGGACUUGUCGAAGACUGAGGUCAAGCGUCAGAAUAUUAUCUUCGAAGUCAUCAAGGGUGAGAUGGAUUAUGUCCGUGAUCUCGAAAACAUAGAAGUGAUGUACGUGGCCCCGCUGCGCGAGAUGGAUCCGCCCAUUAUCCCUCGCGACCGCCUGGAGCAGUUUAUCCAAGAGGUCUUCCAUAAUUACGCGGAGCUGCAUGGCCAUCAUCGGAGGAUGCUGGAAAAGCUGCACGAAGUCCAGCGAGAUGAGCACCCCGUCAUUCGGUCAAUCACUGCCGCGAUCUACGACGCGGUGCUUAACUUCCGCGAGGCCUACAUGGAAUACAUCCCCAACUAUCCGAUCGCCGCGUACCGGAUUGACGAUGAAAUGGCAAGCAACCCGCAAUUCAAGGCCUUUGUGGACCAAUGCACUCGUCACGCAGACGCGCACAGGUUGGAUAUGAAGAACUUCAUCAACCGUCCCAUCCCCCGUCUGCUCCGCUACGAGUUGCUACUGAAGAACAUUCUGGACGAAACACCAGAAGGACACGAAGACCGCGACUACAUCCCGCAGGUGCUUGAUGUGAUCAAGGCGCUGGGUAAGGAGACGGAGCCUGGUGUCGUCUCGGCCAAGCAGAAGGUAGAGGUAUGGCGAUACAACUCCAACUUUGUCUUCAAGAGCGGAGAACACAUCGACAUGGACCUAUUGAACGAGAACCGCUCGUUGAUCCACACCGGCAAGCUUCUGCGCCAGCCUGAUACCGGUUUUGAAUGGAACGGAUGGACUGAGCUCUUCGUGUUGCUCUUCGACAACUACUUGGUCAUGACUAAGCCGAAGGAACGGGACGGCAUCACCAAGUACACUGUGUACAGGAGGCCUAUCCCCCUGGACCUUCUUACGCUUGCCAACUUCAGCGAUCCGGCCGUGCAGCGUGGUAACAGCAUCCUGCGUCUCGGCCGUGGCGAUCGGCAUGCAGGCGACACGGGCACUCCAGCAACGGCAUCGCCUGACACGGCCACCGACUCGCGCCUCGUCUACCCGUGCACUGUCCACCACAACGGUCGCCUUGGAGGGCUGUAUACCGUCUUCGCAGAGUCACAGCAAGCACGGAAUGAGUGGAAACAGAAACUCGAAGAGGCGAUCGGGUUGCGGAAGGUCGUCCAGGACUCGAACAAGGUGUUUGAGAUCGAGACAUUGAGCGCCGACACAUUCCUCGUCCCGUCGAUGAUGAACAACGCGAACACGGCGUACAGCCACGAGAACGCAUUCACUGGCAAGGUGACGUGCUCCGUGCCAUUCACUACUUCCGACGGCCGCGGGUUGGUCGCGAUCGGGUGUGCUGAGGGCGUCUGGAUUGGGUUCCGUCAUGAUUCUCGAUCAUUGCGACGUGUCCUGCACCUGAAGAUGGUCACGCAGUGUGCCAUGCUCGAAGAUUUCGGUAUCUUCCUUGUCUUAGCGGACAAGUCGCUCUUCGCAUACCACAUCGAGGCGUUGGUACCGUCAUCACCACAGAGCGCCCACACGUCGCAGACUCCCCAGAAGCUCAGCGGCAACAAGGACGUGCACUUCUUCAGUGUCGGCAAUCUGAACGGGCGCACGCUCGUCAUCUACAUGAAGAAGAAGGGGCUGGACAGCGUCUUCCGCGUGUUGGAGCCGGUUGUGGGGAAGAUCAACGAGAAAACAACCGGGCGCACCCAGACGUUCGGGUCUCGGCUUGGACUGCGGUCUCAGCGGUCAGAGUGGUUCCGUGUAUACAGGGACUUCUUCCUCCCGUCGGAAGCGUACGACCUGAUCUUCCUCAAAGCCAGGAUCGUCAUCCUGUGCGCGAAGGGCUUUGAGAUCAUGGACCUCACCGACUUCAAGAGUGUCACGAUCCCUCAACGCGACGAUCCACGUCUGGAGAAGCUGGCCAAGCGGUGCGAGUCCUGCCGUCCCAUGGGCAUGUUCCGCUCCAGCAACGACGAGUUCUUACUCUGCUAUGAUGAAUUCGGCCUGUACGUCGAUCGUCACGGGGAUCCCAGCCGUUCGAUCGGCACGAUCGAGUGGGAGGGCACUGCAGAGCACGUCGCGUGGCACCCGCCCUACGUCCUCCUCUUUGACAGCCGGUUCAUCGAGAUCCGCCACGUUGAGACAGGCCGUCUCGCACAGAUCAUUCCUGGCAACGAGGUCCGCUGCAUCUGGGAUGGUCGCGGUGUCACCGGUGCCGCACCCGCUACGCCUGCGCCGGAGGGCUUCGGCCAGGAGGCUAUCUCGCAGGAGCCACGCGUCCACGGCGUGAUGAAGGCGGCAGACGUGGCCAUCGGUCCCAACUCGCGCGCCGCGCGCCCGACUGCGCAGCAUGUCUUCGAGCUCAUCCCGACGAUCCCACUCUACCUCCCCGGCUCGCUCGCGUCGCCGUCACAAUCGACGACGUAUUUCUCGCAGAACAACUCACCGCCGCACUCACCCCGCCUCAACCCGGCACUCUCGUGGGGCCACUAG